AUGCUCACGCGAGCUGCGCUCCAGCGAAGGCAUACUCUUCGUGUUCUUCAGCAGGCUGCAGAAGACAUCCAGUUACCAUGGCUCUGCCCUGCUCUUACACAAUCACACAUCCUUCCACCACAGCGAAGAGCAACUUCGUCACGGCCUUCGAUAUCUCGCUCCAAAACCUCACCUGCGCACCUCACCCAAUCGAGACAUCUUGCCUCGCCUGCCACUGGUCCCGAGAGUUUUGAUCGAAAUGACGACUACAUCCCUUUCGUAUAUGGUGACUAUCCUCCUCAACGGUCGAGAAAAGUCAACGGCGAGCUCAGUCCCUUCGACCUGUCUCAGAUUCUCAUGCUAGACAAUGCAGCCGACCUUGCAGAAGAACUCCGAGACUCAAGCCACCUCCCGGGUGCAAAUGUACGCAGGAAUAUCGUAGAAAUUGAAGCUACUUUGGAUGCUUGUGUACAGGUGCACCGUUGGGAUCGAGCUUUCACCCUCCUGUCUCAGUUGGCACUCUCCUACCAACACCGCCCUGCGAAAGUACAAGAUGCGUACAAUAGAGUCUUCGCCGCCAUCGUGCAGGACUUUCUCCAAAACAACAAUCUCUCGCACGAGAAGCGUAUCAACGAAUGGAUUGAAGUCCACUUGAGAAAAGCCGGCUUGGAGCCCGAUGCAUACACCCUUGCUCUGAGGAUCAAAGUCGCCCUGGAACGGGACACAGGAAAUAAAAGUCGCCGCACCAUCUACAGGUACUGGGACCUGGCUGAAGAACUUGGUCUUCACAGCAAGAUGCUCGGUCUUCGGGAAAUCUUUGACGAUAGGGAGCUAGGGAAGCUGUCUCAACUGCUGGAACUUUCCGAGCCCAACGAGUUGGUGUCGUUACCCGGACAUGUUGAUAAGCUCUCCUCAUCCGCAGAAGUUGAUGCUGAUAUGAAGAUCCGAUCCGAAUUGAAGAAGCAGCUUCACGUACGGGAAAUGGAGCAAAAAGGUAUGGGUCUGGCAUCACUCAGAAAGUCUUUGGCGGUCUUCUCGCCAGAGACAGAGAAAGAUAUGAAUACACCACGUGAAGAGGAUUCAAACGUCGCUCGGCAACGUCGCUUGGAGAAAGAUGCUGUACAAUCUGCGGUCGACCGGUGGAAGAUCGAAUAUGAGAAGAGGGCCAAAAGAGGGAUCACCGGCGAUUUGGCACACGGGAAGAUUGGCGCUUUGCUUUGGCAGUGGAAUGAAAUAUUAGCGGAGAAGAUCAUCAAGGAGAUUCAACUUGCAAAGGAGGAGGAAGCAUCACCAGGCUCAACGUCGGCAGAAGCAAAGCUGCGUUCUGAAUACUCGCCCUUCCUCGAACUGUUACCCCCUCAGAAGCUCGCAGCCGUGACUGCAAUCUCAUUGAUGCAGAUGAUGAGCAGAAUGGGUGCCUCGAAGCCCGUCAAGCUUGUCAGAGUGGUCAGUGAACUCGGUCAGGCCGUCGAAACAGAAUAUGAUGCCAGCCAACUCGCCCGUAAGAAGGCUGAAGCCAUCAAGAGAAGGGAUUUGCAAAAAGAGGACGAUGCGUUGGUGAAUGGAGCUCUAUGGACAGAACCGUCCGAUCAUCGAUUUUUCAGGCGGUCGUCGCACCACGCUGCUGCCCCAUCCAAAGCGCAACUAAACUGGUCAAAAGCGAUGCAUGUAAAACUCGGUUCAAUUCUAUGCGAGCUUAUGUUCGACACUGCCAAGGUCAUGGUGACCCGCUGGGACGAAACCAAACAAAUGAAGAGGACGCUGCCACAACCGGUCUUCAUCCACUCUACAAGCUAUCAGAACGGGAGACGCAUUGGCGUUGUUUCUUUGCACGAGGACUUUGUGAAGAUUCUGGUGAGAGAACCUGCGGAACAUUUCAUCGCUAAGCAGCUGCCCAUGCUUUGCCCUCCAAAGCCAUGGAGAAGUUUUGAUGACGGCGGAUAUCUCGAUUCGAAGCAGCCAUUCUUGCGUGUCAAGUACAGUGAAAACGCUCAAAAAGAGUACGGCAUUGCCGCCGCUGAACGUGGAGAUCUUGAUCAGCUAUUUGCCGGAGUUGACAUACUCGGCAAGACUGGUUGGCGCAUCAAUAGGCAGGUUUUCAAUGUAAUGCUAGAAGCCUGGAACAGCGGAGAGGAAAUCGCCAACCUCCCACCUCUGAACAAAGUAUUCCCCGAAAUUGAACGACCCGGUGAAAAUGCGACUCCGAAAGAACGCUGGGACUGGUUUGUCAAGACACGUCAAGUUGACAACGAGAAAAGUGGGAUUCACUCGAAUCGGUGCUUCCAGAAUUUCCAGAUGGAAAUUGCAAAAGCAUACCUCGAUGAAACUUUCUAUCUCCCCCACAAUGUCGACUUCCGAGGUCGAGCCUAUCCCAUUCCUCCAUACCUCAAUCAAAUGGGUGCGGACAAUGCGCGAGGUAUACUCCUUUUUGACAAGGGCCGGAAGCUUGGGGAAGAUGGGCUGCGCUGGUUGAAGAUACAUUUAUCCAACGUCUACGGCUUUGACAAGGCCAGUCUUGCUGAUCGCGCCCAGUUUCCCAUGGAUCACAUCGACGAUGUAUAUGAUUCCGUCAAGAACCCUCUAACCGGAAGGCGUUGGUGGCUUACCGCUGAAGACCCAUGGCAAUGCCUUGCGACUUGUUUCGAGCUUACGAAUGCUUUGGAGUCGCCCAACCCUGCCGAGUAUGUGUCUAGGCUUCCGAUCCAUCAAGACGGCUCCUGCAACGGUCUUCAACACUAUGCAGCAUUAGGUGGUGACAUUGCUGGCGCCAGGCAAGUUAAUCUUGAACCUGGCGAUAAACCCGCAGAUGUCUAUUCCGGAGUCUGCGAACUGGUCAAGGCCGAAAUCAAGGAGGACGCAGCGAAAGGCCAUAGUCUGGCUCAGAUGCUUGACGGCAGAGUCACACGCAAAGUCGUCAAACAAACAGUCAUGACGAAUGUCUACGGCGUGACGUUCCUUGGUGCUAUUCGGCAGGUGCGCAAACAAGUCGAUGAUCUUAUUCCCGAGGUUAGGGACGCCCAAUUAUCUGGCAAAGCAUCCAGUUAUAUUGCCAGGAAGAUCUUUAAAGGUUUGGGCGCCUUGUUCACUGGAGCACAUGAGAUUCAGUACUGGCUCGGAGAUUGUGCAAACCGUAUCAGCUCAUCUAUAUCUCCCGCACAGCAGGAGAAAAUGUACUCCAGAGCCUAUGGCCGACGUUCGGGUGACGCUUCGGUGCUGAAGACACAAAAGAAGGCCAAGCAGCUCUUUGAGUCUGGCAAUUUCAGAUCCACCGUUAUCUGGACAACGCCUCUGAAGCUUCCUGUUGUCCAACCAUAUCGUGUUAUCAAGGGCCAGAAGAUCCAGACCAAUCUGCAAAACAUUACGUUGGCGCAGCCCAGCGUGGCGGAUUCUGUGAACAAACGCAAGCAAUUGCAGGCGUUCCCUCCGAACUUUAUCCACUCUCUAGACGCUACGCACAUGAUUCUCUCGGCCCUCAGGGCGCACGAGCUGGGGCUGAGUUUCUCGGCCGUGCACGACAGUUUCUGGACACACGCAGCAGAUGUCAACGCUCUGAAUACGCUGUUACGAGACGCCUUUGUCCAAAUGCACAGCGAGGAUAUUAUCGGUCGACUUGCUGCGGAAUUUCAAAAGCGUUACGAAGGUCACUACUAUCUUGCGCAGGUCAGCAAAAACACUCCUCUGGGCAAAGCCGUCACUCAGUAUCGUCAACAGCUGAUGGCAGAGGGCAAAUUGGCCACCGCGAAAGGUGCCAAAGGCAUAGCUGAGCGAAAGGAGCAAGAGCUUUUGCGAGAAAUCCGCAGAAAUAAGCUGUUGGCAAGCGAUAAUCCAAAGGAGAGGAAGAAGGGCGAGUCAAUGGUUACUGCAUCUACGUUGUUUGAUAAGUUUGACGGCGAGCAGUUCCUGUUCCAUCGCGAUUCUCUGGGCGAAACCGCCAUUGGAGUGGUGCCCGAAGAAGCCAAAGAAUCGACUGUUCAAGACGCCAUCAAUGAGGCCGAAGCGGCCGCCGAUAUUGAUUUGGCUAGCAGUCUGGACCCUCUACGAGAUGCGGUUACGAAUGAAGACGACAUGUUGGAUAUGGAUGAGUUGCCCCUGGGCGGAUUCCCGACCCCGCCAGCCGAUAACGUCUCAUUGGAUGCAUUCGGCCAAAAGAUACGCAAGAACAAGCGGUCAGCGACGACAUCAGCUACUCUUAAUCAGGUGUGGUUAUGGUUGCCAAUCAAGUUCCGACCUGUGCCCAAGAAGGGAGACUUUGACGUCAACCGACUGAAGGAGAGUACUUAUUUCUUUUCAUGA